AUGGCCCUCGCGCACAGCGUUCCUGCUGGCAGCUAUGGAGGAUGUGCUGGUCAGGGCAAUCUCCUUCGGUAUCCUUCUGUCGUCUACAACAACUAUGGCUUACAGUGGUUCAUCCCGUACCUGCUGGCCGUGUUCCUGAUUGCCAUUCCAGCUCUCAUUCUGGAGAUCUCUAUCGGCCAGGCCUAUCGCGGAGGUAGCACGAUUGCAUUCAACAACAUCAACCAUCGCCUGAAGGGCGUUGGACUGGGACCUGUCUUCGUCAGCUUCAUUGUCGUGCAGUACUUCACUGUCAAUCUGGCAUGGAUUAUGAACUACUUCCGCAACUCGUUCACUAGCCCGCUGCCAUGGGAAGGCCGACUUGACGACUUCUAUAACAAUGAUGUGAUCGCAAACCCAUCACCAAUACCUGGCUCAGCAGGCAUGGACGUCGACGGCGAACCCUUCAAGUGGAUCGAGUAUCCUUCGGUCGGACUGAUUGGUGAGACAGUCGGCUGGAGCGCUUUCAUCUGGUUUCUCAUCUGGAUUUCCAUCUUCCGCGGAGUUGGCAUGACUGGAAGAGUGGUGUACUUCACGAUGGGCCUGCCAAUCAUCACCACAAUCAUCCUUGUCGGCAGAGCGCUGUCGCUCGAGAAUGCUGGCGAGGGUGUACGACUCCUCUGGGCGACGUGGCGCAGCGAUCAGCUCGCUAGCGGCACGGUCUGGGCAGACGCUGUUGGUCAGGUGUUCUUCUCGACCGGCAUUGGCUUCGGCUAUUUCACGAGCUAUGCCUCGUACAACGCGAAGCAUUCGAAUGCUGUGAUGGACGCCAUCCUCAUCUGCGGCAGCAAUGUACUUUUCGAAAAUUUUGCCGCCUUCGCAGUCUUCGGCGUUGUUGGCUACCUUCGUCGGUGGCCGCAAGACGGGGUCCGUCUCGGUGCAUUUGUCGUGGGCUUUCUCACCCUCCCGGAAGCAGUCAUCCAGAUGCCUGGCGCGAAUUUCUGGGCUGUGCUGCUGUUCUUCACGCUGGUCGUGCUGGGCUUCUCGAGUGCAUUCGUGAUGCUCGACGCGACAGCUACGCUCCUGGUGGACGCAGGCAUGAAGUACUCGAGGCCGGUCAUAGUCACAGGUCUGACGCUGCUGAGCUUCCUGCUCUGCCUUCCGUACUGCACCGAGUUUGGCUACUAUCUGCUCGAUGGUAUCGAUCGUUGGGUCAACAACGUCGCGCUCAUCUUCGUUGUCUGGUCCGAAGUCGUCAGUGCUACCACAAUCUACCGCUGGCGAGACGUGAUCGACCAGACUGGGCUGCCAGCUUUCGCUGUCUACAACCUUGGCUAUCUCGGAGGGCAAGUCAUUGGCGUUUCUGUAGCCCACGGCGCCGGGAAUCCUGGUGCCGGGGCCGGGGCUGGCUUUGGCUUCUAUGUCAUCUGUGCUGUCGCUGCGACAGUCAUGGCAAGAACGCCCACCGUCAGGGCUCCGAAAUUCUGGGGCAAUAAUGCCUUCCUUAGCAAAUUGUGGUUUCUGGCUUUCUACUCGGGCAAUCAACUCCGUCGCGACCUUAACAUCAUAGUCGGCACAGGUCGCAACUGGUCGAUCCCAUCCUUCUGGCCAGUGCUAUUACGCUAUGUAUCCGGCCCAGUCCUGGCCAUCAUCUUCUCCUUCGCUUACCCAGAGUUCUACACGCUGAAGAACGACCCUCUCAUGGUGCUUGGCUUCGGAGUUGCGCAUGUAGGAAUACUGCUCAUUAUCCUCGGCUUUGUUAUGCCGCGAUACUACAACAUCAUGAUUCCACCUCAGCGACGCGAUGAGGGCUUGGAGAGGACUGUAGCUCUUGAGCCAAAGGGCGAGGUCGUGGCUCGAGCUAUCAACGAUGGAAAUCUGCCGGAUCACGACCGGAGUAGCUCUGAAGAGAAGGGUCUGGAUGGUGGGCGGAAGGGCGUGACUGAAGCAGGCUCACCGCGACUAUAA